AAGUCAUCGGCAUUGUUUCCUCCACUCCAGUUCCAGUUUCCCCCUAACAUCAGGUCAAAGUCGCUUCCACAGACCUACUAGCGAUAUUAUUUGAAAGGAUUACAGUGUCAACGGACUGAAGAUAAGUUUCCAAAUGUUGUGUUGUGUACGGACGCAGAUAAACAAUUUUUAUGUGAGUGAAAUUGUGUGACAGUAAGAUCAGGUCAGUUUAUGCACUCGGGGAGUUAACACAAUAGUAAAUAAAAUAAAACAAUUGUUUAUUGUGGCCUUCAAUGGCGCGUACUCGCGAACGAUUAUUCCGUUUUAUAUAACAUUCCGAGAAAGUGGUUUACUAUAUCGAGGCAUAUUUUGAAUAAGUGUAUUAUUUUACCGAUAUAAAGCACUUUUCCACUACGCAACCCACUCCCCAGCCGACACACAAUGAUAAUAACAUUGUGAAAGAAAAACUACUCAUCAGCUGUUAGUUAGCAGUCGACUACCACGUGUGUUAAGUGAUGUGUCGCUGUGAGUGUUCUUUACGUUGUUGUUAAGGUGUAGCGAGUGUUUAGAUUUCGAUUUUAAAUUUAAAAUGCCAGUCCGGCCUGAAAAUGAUACCACAACAGAGGUCUCUAUACCUUUGUUGGUCAAACCUGGGAAUUUGCUGCCAGCUAAGACUGAAGAAGCCAACCAGAAAUCCUCAACUAAUAAUGUUAAAAGAAACAAAAGUGUAGUCUUACUAGAACACAAAAAGAAUGAACCAAAAAUGGACAAAUGGAAACUGGUACCACCUGACGGCGGAUGGGGUUGGUUGGUACUAUUCGGAGCGACCAUGGUUAACAUAUUGGUGCCAGGAACUAUUAAAUCAUUUGGAGUCCUUUUCGUGGAGUUUCUCGAAGCGUUCGAUUCCACUCCUGCAGAAGGGAUGUGGAUUCCAGCACUAUGUUACUUUUUGUAUAGUUCGUUAGGUCCUGUUUCCAGUAUACUAUCUGUAAAAUACUCGUACAGGACAGUGACGAUAUUAGGCGGGAUAAGUGCAGCUGGUGGUAUGAUAUUAAGCUUUUGGGCAAAUUCUGUUUACUUUCUGUACGUUAGUUAUGGAGUCCUUGUAGGGAUAGGAGCAGGACUGUCAUUCCCACCAACGGUUUAUAUAGUGUGUAGCUAUUUUCUUAAAUUAAGAGGAGUAGCAAAUGGCAUUUGCAUAUCUGGUUCCGCAUUUGGAUCUAUUAUCAUUCCGCCAUUACUUCGGGUGCUUCUAGUGACGUAUGGAUAUAGAGGUGCUGUAUUAAUAAUGGGAGGAUUGACGCUUAACGUUUUUGUGGCAUCUCUCUUUUACGAUAAGGUAGAAGAACACAUGAAGAAAGAAAAAAUAGAACCUGCACAAGAAAAAGAAGACAGGCCCAAAUUUAGUAUUAGUCACGAUGAUAGUCUAACGUCUCUACAUAACAUUCCGCACAACGACUCAUUCUUAGAGCACAUAGAAAGCUCAACAGGCAAUUUUAAUCGUAGCGCUUCCAGUGUAGCUAUGCAAAACUUGAAAUCUUUGCAAAGGGAGCGAAAAAUUAGUAUGCCUCAGGGUCGCCAAGAAAUAUUAAAGGCAAAAGCUAGGGAUAGUAUUCAUAGCAAUUCUACGCUUCAUGCUGUACCAGAGAAAGGAAAUGGAAAUCCAGCGAUGGAUAUAUAUUCUCAAAGUCGUCUUCCUAGUAGUAGGCGCAGGUCAAUCGCUCCACGAAGAAGUACUUCGACCAGUUCCUUUCAGUAUGUUAGCACUCCAUACCACGGUAGUACGCUAACUCUACAACCAGAAAUAUUUGCCAGUUCGUUCAGUUUGCGUUCUACGAAAUCCAAGAAUGCAGCUGUUGCAGAAGAAGAACAACCAAAGAGACCCAAAUUGCUUGACUUAUCAUUGUUAAAAGAUCCUAUUUAUUUAGUUAUUCUUAUUUCCAAUGCCACCAAUGCUAUAAGUUAUACCAAUUUUAUCAUAUUAUUGCCUUCUUACGCUCAGACUUUAGGUUUCGAUAAAGACCAAGGAGCAAUGCUACUAUCUAUCGUAUCUGCUCUUGACUUAGUUGGUAGAAUAGGAGGAUCAGCUCUAUCAGACUUAACAUCAUUUCCCAAAUGCUUUUAUUUCGUAGGAGGACUCCUUAUUUCCGGUAUUUCCCUAGGAAUAAUGCCUUUAUUUUUAAAUUAUUGGGCUAUUGCAGCAUUCUCAGCACUUUUUGGACUAGCUUCAGGUACAUAUGUAGGUAUAACCGCAAUUGUAAUGGCAGACAUGUUGGGAGAAGAACGACUGCAAUCUACUUAUGGCAUGGGUCUAUUUGUUAAUGGUAUUUUGCAAUUAAUUGGACCUCCUUUAUGUGGUCUCUGGUAUUCUCGUGUACAAUCAUAUGUAUCUCUUUUCAUUUGUCUUGGAAUCGCCCUUUCCAUAGGAGCUAGUCUUUGGAGCAUCGUUCCAUGCAUUAAACAAAAGAAAGAGGAAGGCAAUGAAAAACCAGACGAUUUGCCGUCAUAAAGCAAUAAUUUUCAAGUUAUUAAGUACCAAUACUUUGACUAUAGAUUUAAACCAAAUCGGUAAAAUAUAAACUUACAAGAUGUGACAUCAAAAUUCUCUUCUAUUCAUAAAUCUUUGUACAAUAAUACAUAUAGGUAUAUUUUAUACAGUAUGUCCCUGUAAGUUGGAACCAUAUGGAAAACUUUUUUAUUAUUAAUUUUACGAGAAAUAGUUAUUCUUCAUAAAAAGCUCCGCAUAGUCAAAAACCUAGAAUUCAACCUUCAGAUAUCAAAUUUUAUGAAUAUUAUACAAGGUAUGUCAAAAAAUAUGAAUUUCGAUCAACAAUAAAGUAGCUCUAUUUUUCACAAUAUUGAAAAUUGUUAUGAAAAGUUGUUUGGAAUUAAGAACUCUAUUAUAAUAUGCAAUUAUGUACAUUCUUCUAAUUAAAAAAAAAUGUUUGAAAAUUUUUCUUAUAUUAUGAAUAACCAGCACUCAGUGAUUUCAAUUAAAAUAAUUAUUUUAUUACUACUUUUACGAAAAAAGGUAUUCUUUAUAAAAUGUUCUGCAUUGUCUAAAACCUAAAAUAUAACCAACCAUCUUAUAUCGAAUUUUUUCAAUUUUAUACGAGGUAUGUCAAAACAUGAAUUUCGCUUAAGAGUAAAAUACCUUUAUUUUUCACAAUAUCGAAAAUUGUGAUUAUGAAAAGUUGUUUAGAAUUAAAAACUAUGUUCCAAUAUGUAAUUACAUCCUUCUAAUUGAAAUAUUCUGAACGAUAAAACUACUUUACUCUAGAUCGAAAUUCAUCUUUUUUGACAUACCUCGUAUAAAAUUGAUAAAAUUUGAUGUAGGAUGGUUGUAUUUUAGGUUUUAUACCAUGCAGAACUUUUUAUGAAGAAUCACUUUUUUUCGUAAAAUUGAUAAUGAAAGAGUUAUCAGAAUUAAAAUACUUAACUGAAAAUAAUGUUGGUUAUCCAUAAUUUUUCAAAAAAAAAAUUCAAUUAAAAGGAUGUAAUUGCAUAUUACAAUAUAGUUCUUAAUUUCAAACAACUUUUCCUAAUAGCAAUUUUCAAUAUUUUGAAAAAUAAAGCGACUUUAGUCUUGAGCGAAAUUAAUAUUUUUUGACAUACUUCGUAUAAUAUUCAAAAAAUUUGAUAUCUGAUGGUUGAAUCUCAGAUUUUAGACCAUGUAGAGCUUUUUAUGAAGAAUAACUUUUUUUCGUAAACUUAAUAAUAAAAUGUUCCAUAUGGUUCCAACUUACAGGGAUAUACUGUAUACAUAUAUAUAUACUGCCGAGCAUCAAACUAGAGUCACCCCGUAAUUUGAAUUCAUUUUUAAAAUGAUUAUUCUUUUGUAACUAUUUUCAGUUGUAACGUUUUUUCAUCAAAGUUUAUUGACAGUAAUGAAAAUGAACAAUUUUCCUUUGAUUUCAUAAAUAUUGAAAAGGGUCAAUUUUAAUUUGAUGUGCUGUUUACUUUUAAGAUCUUCAGUAGCGAGUAUUCCUUCCUCUGGCAGUGAUAACAGCUUACAAAUGACGAGGCAUGCUUUGGAUCAGAUUUUGGAUCACAUUGUGCAGAAGAUUGUUCCAUUCCUGAACCAAUAUGUAGCGAAGCUUUCAUGUUUUCUGGGGGCCGACACAUGACUGCGUAAACGUCUUUUCGUCUCAUCCCAAACAUGUUCCAUGGGAUUAAUAUCUGGACUGCGAGCAGGCCAAACUAAUCGUGUGAUUUGAACCUCAUCAAGAUACUCAGUAACAGUAACUAUUCGAGCAGUGUGGGGACAUACAAUAUCAUGCAUAAAUGUUGCGUCGUCUUCAAUAAUAACCAUAAACGAUAUAACAUGCUUUUCUAAAACAUAUGCGUAGUCAAUGUCCCAUUCCCGAUAAACUCCAUCCUGUAUUGCCCAGGCUAAGUGUUCUCGGGCAAAAUUUCAUCUGGCAAUUCGGUAUUCACGGGAAAGCGGCGGCGAAGUUAUUUUAGUUUAAGAAGAAACACAAACAGCAUGACGUCUCCUCCUAACUGUCCAUUCACUUACGUUUAUAUUUCUCACUUCUUGCAGAUGAUUUCAAAGAGAAACUGCCAUGACUGUUCGGUUUCUCAAAGCACUAGAAAGGACAAAGCUGUCAUCUCUGUUGUAAUUAUGCCUCAACCUGAACCAGGUCUUCGAAUAAUGAGACCAGUCUCUUCAUACCUUCAUACUCGUUGCACACUUUAGAGGCUUACACCAACGUUUCCGUGGCCGUGGCCAUGUUCUAACGCCGUCACAACAGAACCUAUGCUCAUAUUGCAAUACACUGACAGUGACAACACUACACAAACAAUUUUACAAUUGGUUAAAACCACAGAAACAAAUACUAUGCUAAUAAUGGUUUUUAGGAAUUAGGGUAAGGGGCCUAAUAUCAAAGCCUUUAUCUCCAAUACUUAUCAAAACAGCAACAGCAAUAAUUUUUUUCAAGCAAUCCAAGAGUAAACUAUGUUACAACCGAAAAUAGAUAAAUAAUAAUAAUAAUAAUUUCUAAAAUAAAUUCAAUUUACGGGAUUACCUUAAUUAUAUGCUCGACAGUGAUACAUUUUUUCUCUUACAUCUUUCAGGUUUGAUAUUUCGAGUUCAUUUGUAUCUUCCCUGUUUUAUAGAUAUAUUCAUAACAUCUAAGGCUCGAUGCUGGUGGUUUGGCAGUACGUGAGUUGAAUUUAUUCACUGCACACUUGAGUUGGGCCGCGGUGUGCAAACUGCUUGCAAGUGACUUGCAAGCCGCGUGGACCGAGAGCACGCCUGUUACUGCUACGCCUCCACGUGCACGCGGCUUGAAAACAAGUCAGGCGGUUUGGCAGUUUGUGCUGAGCAGUCAGUGAGUACACGUUGACCGCGCCAUGGAUUUCAACGUAGAUAGAGAGCUGUUUAUUUCUGGCGUGUAUUGACCCCGAUAAGCCGCUCAAAUGUGUGUUGACGAGUAACUUGGUUUGAAAACAAGCAGCGUGCACGCAAAUGUGCGUCGAUUCUCCAAGUUUCCCGUCAAUUUACAUUUCAGAGGUUUCUCGGCGUCAAUAUAAGCCAGAAAUAAACAGCUCUGUAUCUACGUUGAAAUCGAUCGUGCGAUCAACGUGUACUGAACGAUUGCCCAGCACAGUCUGCCAAACCGCCCGACUUGUUUUCAAGCGGCGUAGCAGAAACUGGCGUGCUCUUGGUCCACGCGGCCUGCAAGUCACUUGCAAGCAGCUUGUACGCCGCGGCUCGCUCGAGUACGCAGUGAAUAAAUUUAACUCAUGUACUGCUGAACCGUUAGCGAUCGCACGUAGCUUGCUCGCAGCAUGCACGCAGCUUGAGAACACACAAGUGUGCAUCGAGUCUCAGAUGUUUGUCUCUCGUAUGUGGGCACCGGUAAAAUUUACAUUACAUCCAUGUAUAGAAAUCGAAAAAUUUGCACUUCCUUGUCUAUAAAAUGUUCUUUUUUAUUUAAAGUUUGGUUUCCUUUCAUUAAAAGUGGCUAUCAACUUUGCUAUUUUUAAAGAAACACCCUAUUCUACAUGCCAGACAUCAAAAAUUGAUAUUCUUUUAGUUAGGUUAUCCACCCUAAUCAUCUAACUUCAAAAUUUUUGUCAAAAUCUUAUCUUUGUUAAAUGUUUUGAAAAAAUAUUGAAAUACUCAACUAAAAUCAAUUUUUGAUAUCCUUAUACAAAAUAUCAUAAAUAUACGCUAAAUCAACUUACAAUAAUAUUAGUUUUAAUAGAGGAUCCGACAUAAGGUCGAUCGGCACCGAUCUGCUUAAUGGAUAAAAAUUAUUGGAUUAUGUAAUUUAGUAUGUUAACAAUUUAUAAAAAACAAAGGGAGCCCGAUCUAAUUUUGUUCUGACUGUAAUUAAUUAAUAAUUAAAAAAAUACUUUUUUUAUAAUUUAAAAAAAAUUCUACCCUGGCAGGUAUUAUUUCAUUUUUUGAAGUUAUACUUCUUUAGACGCGAUUGAGAGUACAUUUUUAUUAUUCUGGGCGCAUGCGCACACAGACAGUAUGAAGUUCGUUGCUAACCUUUCAAGUUAUGUAUGUAUCAGUGCAAAUAAUAAGGUAUGAAAAGAAUAUAUUAGUGUCUUCAGUAAAUAUAUUAUUUAUUAUAAUUUUUGUGUCUUUGGAUUUGUCUUCCUUGGGAGUAAGAUAAUAAGUAUCUAUUAUAACAUCUUUAUACUUCACUUGAUCUAUUUGUCACCGUGAUUUGUAAUUAUGUCCGAGAUGUCACGUAAACAGAGCGAUGAUAGCUUCGUUCGUAGAGCAUUCGACGACAGAUCGAGAGGUCCCGGGUUCGAAUCCGGACGAUUCAUAUUCUUUUUCUUUAAUUUUUGGUAUUGUUUUAAUAAAAAUUUUUUGAAAGGGCUAGGUAAGCAUUACAAUGAGUGUAAUAUUUAAAUAAAAUACAAAUAAACAGUUUAGUAGAUUUCGUUGAAAUUAUAUAAUAGAAGUGUAACUUCUUACGUGCGUACAAAGUACACACACAUUCUUUUUUUAUCAUUCUAUUAAAAGGUCUUCUGUAGAUUUUCUCUUAAGUUGAUCGUUUUCGAGUUAUAAACAAUUUAAAAACUGAAAAAAGAAUGAAAGAUGACGAUUUUCAAGGCUCAAAAGUAUAAGUAAAAAAUAUUAUUUUUGUAAUCAUCAAGUACCUAAAUUUAAGUUUAAACCUUUUUCUAUAAGGUGCUGGUAAGAAUUUUUGACAUGUUUUAUUCUAAAAUAUAUUUUUUCAAUUGUUAAUGUGGAAGAUUCUCUAUGGGAUCGUGCUGCAUUAACAACUAAAUAACAAUGUUUUAAAUGAAAUAAGUCCAAAAUACUUAUCAAAAACUGAUAGAAUCAGGUUUGAACUUGAAUUAAAGUACUUCAUAAUUUCAAAAAUGAUAUUUUUUACUUAUGUGUUUGAGCCUUGAAAUCGUCAUCUUUUGUUCUUUUUUCAGUUUUAAAUUGUUUAUAACUCAAAAACGAUCAACUUAAGAGAAGAAUUACAAACAACCUUUUUUGUUUGGAAUGAUCCAAAAAAUCUAAAAUAAUACCUGCCGUAUCGAAUUGUUGUUAUUAAUAAAAAAAUCAUUUUUUUAAUUAUAUUAAUUAAUUAUAGUCAGAACAAAAUUAGAACUGACACCACUUGUUUUUAUAAUUGUUAACAUACUAAAUUAUAUAUCCAAUAUUUUUUAUCCAUUAAACAGAUGGGUGCCAAUCGACCUUAUAUCAUUUCUUAGACUAUUUGUUUCAUUAAACAUAUCAAAGUUGAUCAGCUAUAGCCUAUAGCUAUAGUAUACGGAAGAACAAAUUUCAGAUUUAAAAUCAGAUUAUUUUCAGAAAUAAGUCUAAUAUCCAAAUCUAUCGUUAUAUAUCUAUCAUUAUACGUCAUCGUGUAGAGUUGAACUAAAGUAAUACGAUUUCCUAAGUUUUACUGAUAUGAAGUCAGUUUUUAUAACUUUUAAGUGCAUUUCCAAGCCUUUCCUUCCUUUAUAGCUAUUUAUUGCAGUUUGUCCUCAGUAUUACUGUACAUUUUGGUUUUUGUAUUAACGAUGUCUCAUUAUGUUUUUAAAUUACUGUAUUGUAAGAAUGUUUCUAUAAAAUUUAGAUCAAAAUAUGGCAUAUUAUUGCCUCUUCUUAUAUGGUCAUUAGACUGAUUAACUAUGUUUACCAGGCUGAGAAUUUAUGUACAUUGAAAAAGUAAAAAAAGUUAUUAUUUAUAGUUAUUGACACGACAUUUACAGAGAUAUGUCUUAUUCUUGUUUGAGAUUUUUAGCUUAAGUUUUAAUUUUAAUUGACUCUCUAAUUUUAAUUGCUUAUUUUAUAAAUUAUGUCAGAAAUUAUUAUUUAAUUAAUGCAUUUAAAUUAAUUUUCAGAACAUUUCCAAUUAAAUAAAAGUAAGUUAUAUGGUACGUCUAGAAAAUAUGUAAAACAAUAAUUAUUUAUUUAAUCCUAUUUUUAUGUAAAAAAUACUUAUCUUACUUGCUAAUGCAUUCAUUUAAAAUAUUACAGUAGCCUCUUGUAUCAACUGUGUAGCUGAGUUACACCACGUAGUAAAAUCCCGCGUUCUUCUUCUUCCUCUUUUGGCCUCAUAAUCCUGGAUGGGUCUUUGCCUGUCUGGCUAACUCUUUCCAUUCAGACUUCUCUUGUGCUCUUCUUCUCCGUUGUCUUACAUUCAGUCUAGUUUUUAGGUCGUCUUUCACGUUAUGCAACCAUUUCUUUCUGGGCCUUCCUUUUUUUGUCUUCCUGUCGGCUUCCAUUGUAAGAUUUUCGUUGUUAUUUUUCUACCUUCUUAUCUAUAGGCAUGUCCGAGAAAUGGUAGUCGUUAACUUUUCGCAAACAGGGCCCCCGCUACCAUAUGUGCAAAGUGUGCAGUGCACACGGGCGCCGUCCUGUAGGGGCGCCAAAACCGACGGUCAAAAAGUGCAAAAAUAUUUACAAAAAAAAAUAAAAGCGCAAAAAUUAAUUUUAAAAUAAAAGUUGAGAAAUUAAAUAGUUCAGUUUUAUUUUGUUUGGAUCUUGGAUGACAUUUUUAGUCUUUCUAUAAACAUAAAAUAAAAAAUCCCGCUAUAAAAAUAACAAACACCCAACUGUAGAUAAGAAAUACCUAACUAUGCGCUGAUUUCGUGGAAAAAUUCCAAACACAUUGGUUGAGCAAUAGUGUGUGGGCGAUAAUUCUAUCUCAUCGAUAAGCGAACGAUUCUGCGGCGCUUAAAUGAUGAAUCGACAAUAUUUGAAAAUCGCCUACCUAUCAAAUAACUAAUUAGACCGGACUGUAUCGUCGCCCCCUUUGCGAAAUUAUUCCGUUUCGAUUUUUUUGCACAAACUAACUCAAAAAGAGGUCCUAAUAACAAAUUCACAGGGUGCCGUGGACGAAAAAUUGUUUUUUUUUUAAACAAAUUCACAAAAUAAUUUUUCAUUUCGAACAAAUUUUUUUAGUUGGGUCCUUCUGAGUAAAAAAGGUCUGUUGUCAUUUUUCACUCAAAUUGAUUUUUGUCGAGUUAUAUGCAAUUUAAAAUUAAAAAAAUGCGAAAAUGACCAUUUUCAAGGCUUAAUAACUCAAUUAAAAAUUAUUAUUAUGAAAGUCAAAAAGCGGCCAAGUCAAAGUUUAAAACCCCUCCUUCAACAUUCUGAAGAAAUUUUUGUCAUUAUUUUAUUACAAAGCUGUUGUUUUUAAUUAUUAACAAAUAGCGCUAUAGUCCAGGCUGUAUGGUUGCCCAAGUUAGCAAAUUAUUUCGAUUAGAUUUCUUUGCAAAAACUUACUCAAAAAAGGUCCUAUAACAAAUCCACAGGGUUCCAGGCGGUUUCUUGGUCGAAAAAUUGUUUAAACAAUUUAUUUUAAACAAAUUCACAAAAAUAAUUUUUUUACUUUGAACAAUUUUUUUUUAGAUAAUUUGGGUCAUUUUGAGCAAAAAAGGUAUCUUGUGAUUUUUCUCUAGAAUUGAUUGUUGUCGAGUUAUAUGGCCAUUUUCGUAUUUUUCAAAUCUUAAAUCGCGUAUAACUCUACAACAAUCCAUUUUAGAGAAAAAUGACAAGGGACCUUUUUUACUCAGAAUGACCCAAGUUAUCUAAAAAAAAAUUGUUCGAAAUAAAUUUUUUUUGUGAAUUUGUUUAAAAAAAAUGUUGAAAUUUUGGCACCCUGUGGAUUGAAGCUAGGACAAAUAAUCCCGAAAAAAAAUCCCCACAAACUAUCCCUGGACAAAAAAUCUCCAGACAAAAAAAUCCCCGAACGAAUAAUCCCCGGACAAAUAAUCCCCGGACAAAAAAUCCCGGACAAAUAAUCCCUACAAAUAUUUUUGGAUAAAAUAUCCCCACAAAAAAUCCCGGACAAACAAAUUUUACGUGACAAAAAAGUGUGAGUUUUUUCAAAAAUCGUGGGAGAGACUGAUAUGGGGAAUGAGCUAAGGCUGUGGGAAUCAUGUUGUAAUUAUUGGAUUAAAUCUUUUGCUCACUCUGUUUUGAAUAAGUAUGUCCAGUACAUUGCAUAUUCUUGAUGAUAACUGCUGGUGUUGAUAACGAUAAUCUUGAUUGUAAUCCAAAAAACCUGUUCCUUUUUGUACAUUUAGCGUCAAAAAUAUUUAGUCAUCAUCAUCAUCAAUGUCGUUAUAACUCUUGGAGAGUCUUUGCCGCGUUUAUUAUUGCCUUCCAUGUUUGUCGGUCCUAUGCCACUCUUUCCCAUUGUCUCACUCCCAUUUUCUCCAAAUCUCCUCUGACUGCAUCUUUCCACCUUUUUCUAGGCCGUCCUACAGACCUUCUCCCAUCUGGCCUCUUCCCGAGUAGCUAUGUCUGGUCUGAUUUUUGGAUAAAUUUUUGGCAUGACAUAUUCUAAGGCCAGAUUAAACAACAAUGCUGACAACGGAUCUCCCUGUCUCAGUCCAGAAUUUACGCAGAAACCGUUUGAUAUUAUUCCCACUAUUCUAACUUGUACAAAGGAGUUACUUAGAUGCAUUUGCGUUACAGCAGUUAGUUUCUUCUGUACGCCCAACUCGGCUAUUUUGGUCGAGCUGGAUGUACGUAAAAAUUGUAUUCCAUGUAGUGUUGGACGAUUAAUGUAAAAUUUGAAGAUUUCGACAUGGAAUUGGAAUUCGAAAUUUAGUAAAAUUUCGGAAAAACAUUUAGAGAAUUAUCCGGCAACAAAUAAUUCGUGGGGAUUUUUUGUCCGGGAUUUUUUGUGGUGAUAUUUUGUCCAAAAAAAAUUGUGGGGAAUAUUUGUCCGGGUUUUUUUGUGGGAAUUUUUUGUCCGGGGAUUAUUUGUCCGGGGAUUUUUUGUCCAGGGAUAAUUUGUGGGGAUUUUUUGUCUGGGAUUAUUGGUCCGGGGAUUAUUUGUUCGGACCCCAAAAAAAUAAAUAAAAAAAAAUUAUCAAAAUACCUAUGCCCAUGAAAUGACAAGGGGCGCCAAAAUCCUUUUUUGCACACAGGCGCCAGUAGUUCUUACGGGGGCCCUGUUCGCAAAUAUUACCAUAUCGUACCCUUUAUUUAAUUCAUUAAUUUCGUCGUUUCUUCUUAUUUUCCAUAUGCUAUUUUCCUCUUGCAUCGGGCCAUACACUUUUCUAAGUAUCUUUCUUUUAAAUGUCUUGAGUUAGGCUUCAUCUUUUUUGUCAUUACUAAGGUUUCACAACCAUAGUUUACUACGCGUCUAAUCAAUAUUCUGUAGAUAGUCAUUUUUGUUCUUUUGUCUAAUAAUUUCUUCUUCUUCUUCUUCUCCUUUUAUAUAGGCAAUACUGCCUGUUUUUCUUCAACGGUGCCUUUCAUUCUGCCUCUAAGUUGUCAUUCUAUCUUUUCCUUGGGCGUCCUAUACUUCUCCUGCCUAACGGUGACUUGUCCCUGGCUAUUCUUACUAUCCUUGAUUAAGACAUCUUGCUUUUUGCUCAUUCCACUCUUCUUUUCUGUUCUUUACCCAGGUAUUAUAUUGUCUACCCCACAUAUGCGUCUGAUUUCCCCACUUCUUACCCUAUCUUGUAGUCCUUUUCCAGCAAUCCUUCUUAUGAUCUUCAUUUCGUUGGUCUCCAGAUGUCUUCGUGUUUUGCUUGUAUCUGGUCUUGUUUCGGCCAUGUAAAUCAUAAUUGGCCCAAUAACUGACUUAUAUAUUCGGGCCUUUGUUUCCAAUCUUAGGUGUUUGUUUUUUCAAAUUGUGUCGUUUAGGCAUCCGGCCGUUCUACUGGAUUUAAUUAUUUGGUCUUUUACCUCUUCUUCGAUAUUGUUGUCGGCUUAUAGAUUAAUUCC